AUGGCCACCCCCAACUACACACCCGAGCAAAUAUCCGCCCUCCGAGCUCUGCGCGACCGCCUCCGCUCCGCACAAUAUACCUGGGAAGUCCGGCAGCUGUUGAAGAAUGCAGCUAACGCUACAGGACUUAAGCAACUACAGCUCGUACAAUGGCAGGAUGGAGAUAACAACAGGAAGAAUUUGCUGCAUUUUUUGGUGGACGAAAGGCUUGAAAAAGUAGCCAUCCUCCUCAUUGAAGUCUUCUGGAGCCGGAAGGAAGAAGACCAAAAACAGCUCAUGCGUAUCAUCAGGUAUCCAAAGUGCUACAUCGAUAGUCCUGAAGGCAGCGGCGGGGAAUAUACAGUUGAGCGUCUCGCGGAAGGACGAAACUGCGAGCAGCUUGUAGAUUUGAUAAGCCGGUUUCGUGAGCUGUGCCCCCCAGACACGAGAGAAGAAGCAGAUGAAGAAGAGCAUGAAGAAGAGACAGAAGAGGAAAGAGCAAGUGCAACAGAACGUAUGAGACGUCUUCAACGACUAAGCACCCCUAUACCUCGAACUCCUUCUCCUCCUUCUCCGACGUCGUCAAAUGGUUCACUGGAACCCGCUAACUUUUCUCCACUGCAUGUGUUUACUACAAAGAAGAAGACUCCUCUAAAUCUUCAUGCUGCGCGACCAGUUAGUUCUAGUCCUCGCAGUACUCCUCCUCGCAGUACUCCUCCUCUAGCUAGAGGCGGUUCCCCUGUAGAGAUAACAAUCUGGAGUUCUCCUCCUCUUCCUUCUCCUUCUCCUGCUGUGAUACAAACGCCUAUUCUCCUGCGUGGUUCUGGUCAACCUAGUACCCCGCCGCCUUUGUUCAUACCUUCUAGUACUCCUCCUCCAGCCCCAGGGGCACCAGAUACUCCACUUUGGUAUCCCCCUUCAGAGCAUUCAGAGCCAGAGCCGGGUUUAGAUCCAGAGCGGGAGGAACAAAGAGCAAGGAUUCAGAGACCCUCAGCACCACCGCCGCCGGGUAGUUUUGUGCCUGCGCCGCCUGAACGGACACCUGAACCUGUCACUCCGGUUCGUCUUCUUCUAGUGUCUGCUGACUUCCUUUCCCCUUUUUGGGGGAUAAAUGGGUUUAUGAGACUAAUCCUGAUGCGUCAAAUGGUAGUCUAG